UGCGCGUGGCGGGGCUCGUGCGUCGGUUGGCGUGGGCGAUAUGUCUCUCGCAGAAAAUCUGUGCGGCCGAACGGUGCAAGCCGGGGGUUGUGUAUCAGCCCUCGCCGGCAGGGAUGUGACCGGCUGAAAGGCUGCGAUAUCUGCCCGAAAAAAAUACUCCCACACUGUGUGUACAAUAUUACUUUUCUGCCUUGCCAAGAAAUGGUAGCACAAAAACGGAAAGUGCCCUCGAGCCCGGCGAAUGCGCAGCGAGGGUCAGUUCGGACAAAAAAUGGCACAACAGGAGGUGGACCUUCAGCCAAAAAGAAACGUUUGGAAGAAAAGGUGACAUCGCCUCAACUAAGGUUGACAAAGCAGUCAGCUGCCCAACCACGCAAGGCAUCCAGUAAUAAACGAGCUUCAAAAUCUCUAAGAACAGCUGUCAAAGUGAAUAGAUUGUCAUCAAAAUCAACCACAAAGCUAAAGGGUAAAAAAACAAAGGUCACUAAAAACAAUGAAAAGAUAGUUCCUUUGAAGAAAUAUACCAAACAUUUAUUGAAAAAUAACAUGUCAUUAAAAUCUUCACACCAGAAGAAAUCCAUUCUGUCUCCAAUAUCUAAGAAAAAUUCCGGUAAAGUAAUGGCUAAAAGAAAAUCCACACAAAAACAGAACAGUGCUAAAAUUGUGCAUAAACAAAUCCCGGUGAAGGUGUCACAGAAGUCAGGUCAGAGGAAAAGAACUUCUCAGUCACGACUUCCACACAAAAUCUUGCCUAAUUCCAAAAAGACUAGCUCUAAGAAGCAUUUAAAAAUGUCAUCACGCAAUUUGCGGACAAAAGCUCCUCAAAAGAUAAGUAAAUCAUUAUCAAAAAAAGGUGAGACAAACUCUUUAAGAGCCACCAUAAAGAAAUCGCAUCAGAGUAAGAAAAAUGUGAAGGUUCAAUCUAAGUCUACUGUGAAUGUAUCUAGAAUGAAACCUGCAAAGAAGGAUGCAAAAUCUUUGUCAGUAACCUCCAAGAAGCAACUUGUCAAAAAAACAGCUAAAAAAGUGACAUGCAAGGGUAAUCAUACUAAACAACUUUCCUCUUGUAAAGGUAAUAGUAUUGUGAGGAAAAAUGUUUCUUCAAAGAAAAUUUCUGAGAAGAUACAAAUUAGUGUGAAGUCUGUAAAGAAUCUUCAACAAAGAAAGAUGGUGAGAGCAGAGAGAUUACGUUAUCGCCUUGUAAGUGAGGAUAAGUUUGAAACCCGUGCUGCGAGACCUCAAACCAAGUCUAUCCAGAACCAUUCAAAAGAGAAUAUUCAACAGGUAGUGAAUUCGGGUUUGAAGUCUGGGGCUAAGCAAAUGUUGAAUAAAGGUCAGACCAGGCGUUCUCAGAGACUGAAUCUGAACGCAUGUUUAUCAACAAGAUCUUUUGUUUCCACUGAUAGUGCAUCUAGUAUGGUUCCUACUCAAAAGAAAACAUUAAAAAGGACACUUAGUGACUUGUAUCCUAAAAGUCCGGAGAAUAAAUGUCCUUUGAAAAAAAUGCUGAAAGUAAAUAGUAAGCUUGCAAGAACUAAACAGGAGAACAUUACAAAAUCUCCAAAAAAGGCUUCAGAAAUUAAAGAAAAAGGACAUAGUAAAAUUGGGGAAAAAACUCCAAAUACUACUACUGCUAAAAAGCAAGACUCCAAUGGUACAGGACCAACGGCAUGUGAAAGAAAAAGUAAACAGGGAAUACUAAAAAAUACUCCUAAAAGUAAAACUUCAGUAGUUUCAGAAACUUCCCAAGAGCAGACUAAAACUGGUAAGCUUGUUUCUCAUUCCAAAACAAAGAUCAGAAAAACAGCUUCAUGUGUAACAUUGGAAAGCAGUGCAAAAUUGAAGGGUCUGGUUCAAAACUUGACAAAGGCAACGAAUUGUAGUGUCAAAGCUAUUAAAGGAAAAACUGGAGUAGAAACAUCAACUGAAAAGAAACAAAAUAAAGUUCUAAAUAAUAGUACAGAAAAUAAGAAAAAGAUAAGUUUUUCUAUUAAAGAACAAGGUUCAAAGCAGCCUCAAACAGUUCAUAAAGCAAAUAAAAAUACAAUCUCUAAUGCUAAAUCAGUAAUGGAAAUCCCAUGUUUGCCAACUGAUGAUAAUGCCAAAUGUAAGCGACAAAGUAUUCUUGAGUUGUGUGAGGAAAUUGCAGAAGAGAUAGCUUCGGACACUCUUGAUCUUUCAGUGAAAGAGGAGUCUACAAAGAUGGAAGAUAAAAGUAUCCCAAAAGAACCAGAAACCGUAACGCCUGAAGACACUAAGAAAACACAGCGGACAAAACCUAUUUAUUCUAGCCUCAACAGAUUCCAGUUUUCAGGCCAAAAAUCUAUAAAACGUAAAUCAUUUGAGCAUCAUAAAUCUAAUGCUUCAAAGUAUACUACACAGAAAGGAAGAAACAGUUGGACUAAAAUUAAACAAAUUAAAACCGAUCAAAAGACAUUAACUGCCAUCAAAUUUAGAAAUUUGCAGGUUAAACAAACAGUUUCACAAGUAGUAGUUCAAACAAUUAAGAUAGAGAAAGAGAAAUUGUCAAAUGGAUUAUCUCUGCAGACCAAAGAAGAAAAUGGCACUGCACAUGACCAGCACAAAGCAGACACUACUGUUUCUCAUUUGGAAGUUGGAAGAGACUUUAAUAAUGGUCAAAGGACAACAGAAAACAGUACAUCUGAAAAUGAUAAACUAGUGAAAUUGUGUGAUGAAAAAGAGGACGAGAUGGAGGUGUCAAAAAUGGAGAUUGAACCUGAAGCAGAUGAGAGUUUUAGAUUACACCUGGAAUCAAGUCCUGAAUGUAGUCCAGAAAAAAGCACUUCUACAACAUUACCACCAAAACCUGUUAAAGAGCAAGUGGAGAGUGAGUCAGGGUCAUUGCUGAAGGAAACUGUACGGACUCUCUUCAGUAAUCCAGAUUCCUUGGAAGUGAAUAAUGAAAGUGUAUCUUUGUCUAAUCAGCUAACCAUAGCGAAGAACACAACAAUUCCCCUUGAAUUUUCUGUACAAAAAGAGGCCAAACUAUCAGACAAUGCAGAUGGAGGUGGGCUUCAACAAACAAUCCUUGAUUCUGGGCAGAAAAGGAUUGGAGCAAUUUCUUGCACUACAUGUGGAAUGCUUUAUGCAGCUUCUAUCCCAGAAGAUGAAGCUCAGCACUUUAAGUUUCAUAAACACUUUAUUAGUGCUGUAAAAUAUGUGGGUUGGAAGAAGGAGAGAAUUUUAGGUGAAUAUCCUGAUGGUAAAAUAAUAAUGGUUCUUCCUGAUGAUCCAAAAUAUGCCCUUAAAAAGGUUGAGGAAAUUCGAGAGAUGGUUGAUAAUGACCUCGGGUUUCAGCAGGCAGAACUUAAGUGUCCAUCCAGAACAAAAACUCUUCUCUUCAUUUCUAAUGAUCGGAAAAUAGUUGGCUGUUUAAUUGCAGAACACAUACAGCGGGGCUUCAGGGUUAUAGAAGAUAAAGCUACUCAACAAUCAUCAAAUGAUGCAAUUAUGCUUGAACGUCAGCGAGCAUGGUGCUGUUCAACCAAUCCAGAACCUGCAAUUUGUGGAAUAAGUAGGGUUUGGGUCUUCAGUAUGAUGCGACGAAAGGCAAUUGCUACAAGAAUGACCGACUGCCUUAGGAGUAAUUUUGUAUAUGGCUCCUAUUUGAGUAAAGAUGAGAUUGCGUUCUCAGAUCCUACUCCGGAUGGUAAACUCUUUGCAACCCAAUAUUGUGGAACACCCAGAUUCCUGGUGUACAACUUUGUCAGUUAACCUCACAAGAAACCUCUCAACUACCAGUGAAGAUCUUUUUUCAUACAGCCUUAGACAAUUUGUAUAAUUGUACAUGAACCUUCAUAAACUGACACACAGUUUCAGGGGCUGAAUAGUAGGAACUGUACUGCUUUUUAAUACUGUGAGCUCAGGACUGAUGACAACCAAGUGGUUAAUAAUAUUGUUAAAAAACUGGAAUGGAUGUAGUAGAGUUUGAUCUUGAUUUGUAUUUUAAAGUCAAAAUAGGUUUUUUCCAGAAAAGCAUGCACCAUUAUUUAGUUCAGUCAUGCUCACAGAUAUUUGGAUGUUUUACGUAAAAACAUUAAACUUAUGUAAAUAUGCUAUAGAACUGAGAAAUUGAGUUUUCUAAAACUGCUCUGUGGCCUUCUUGGUCUGUAUAAAAGACAAGCAGCUUGGUCUAUGUAUAUACUGUACAGUGAGCAAGCAGCUUUGAAUAUGUAGUCUGAUAUCUGAAUUAUUGUGAAAGGUGCCUGUAAAUUUCCUAGUUACUGUUUCAGGGAUAUCAGGCUACCAUACUAAAGACUAAACAUCUUGAGGUUGUCUGAUCAGUUGCAUAUUUUAUUGAACUGUUUAAAAACAAAAUUUUCAUUGUUUUUAAUUUUGCUCUGGGAAUAUACAGUUGUCAGUACAAAAUGUAAUACCUCAUUUAAUAUUAAUGUUGAACCACUGCAAUAUUUGGUGUCCAAGAUUACAGUUGACACCUUGUAUUAAUGACAACACUUGGUUUUCAAAAGGUUUGUUAACUUUACCUUAAGAGUAGCUUAUAUAAAUUUAAUAACUGUGCCUUUUUCACUGUAGGUCACAAUUUCAGAUUGAAUGCAAUGGUUUUAACCUGUUUACAUAGGGUAGUUCUAGAAAAUUACAGCUUUAUUUUAAAACUUAAGAGCAGAUCAGUACAUUACAAGGAUCAGUAAGCACACUUCCUGACAAUAUAAACAUGGAUUCAAAAGUUGUUACCAACUUGUAUGGUAAAUACUAUAGCAAAUUUUAUUUAAGAUUCCCACACUACUUGCCAUUGCCUUUAAAGAUUCAACUUGUUUCUUGAUUUUUGAUUUCAAUAAAUUGAAUAAUGAGUACUGUAGUUUACAAGAAAUACAGUCCUGAAACAAAUAUUUUAAGUUAAUUUGUACUUUAACAAAUCAACAAGAGAUCUCCCAUGUCAACAACUGAGCCUGAUUAAUUUGCUUCUUAAUACAUGUAGAGAUCAUUUGAUAACUUGAAGUCCAAAACUGAAAAUCUAAAACCUUUUCUCUCAUGAGGAGCAAAAUUGAGGAUUGUGCUAUGAUUUGUUUGAUUUUUGUAUUCCCGGAUCUGAUGAGCUUGCUGCUUUUUGAAUACAACUUAAAAUCUUUUCAGCAAUGUUCAUACUGAUGCUGAGUAUUAGUUGGUAUUGUGCUAUGAGUUGAUUGGGCCAUUGUAAUGUACAUUGCUUUAAUCUGCAGAAUUCCAAGAUAUUGAUGACUCCUGGACUGUUUACAUUUUCUCAGCCUGGGUCAUAAUGGGGAUAUGAAGUGAAAUGUUCUUUUGCCUAAAAUUUAAAUGUUUUUUAAUUACUGGUUAUGACUAAGGUAUUAAAUUAAAAGUAUUGUUUUGGUAA